GAGCAAUUGUAGGGCCGUGUGUUGAUUCACACGACAAACUUCCACUCAAAUCAUUCAAUCUGUAAAAGCUAUCUUUGACCCCUCCCUCUGUCUCUCUCGCUACAGAGAGUAGAAUCAUUAUUAUUAUAUGUAGAAGGAAGGAGACGAUUGAAAUGGUAAUGUGGUAGGCCCACCCCCACCCCACCCCACCCCCACUGGCCAGUUAUCCACCCAAACCCAAUUCGCUCUUUUCCCCUGCUUCGACAUUCUCAAAAGCUCACCAUCUUUCUCUACUGCUUUUUCUGCAUCAGUGCAAGUCUCGGAACUCUUCUACAGUUUUGAUCAUCGCCGAAGUCCAACCGAUCGAUUGUUUCGCCGUUUCUUCGCUUCUCCGCCAGCUAGGCGAUGAUAUUGAUCGAUUCAAUUAAUUCCAAGUCUCUGUUUACUGAUGGCUUUGUCGCAAAAACACAUCGAAACCUUUGGUUCUAAGAAACAUAUGGCGGAAACCUCAAGAGAACCAAAACUACCUAACCAUAUGUCGAAGGGAUUAGUCAGUUCAUUGGCUAGUAAAUUGGAUCAAAGCUUAAACUUAGGUAAGUCAAAGCCAUUGCCAUUGUCAUUGCCCGGAAAUGGAGAUCGAAAGCUCCACGAUCGGAUCGAUUUCACCGAGAGCGGGAUAAGCAGCAGCAUGUGCCGAGACAGCACGGGCUCAGACAUGAGCGACGAGAGCAGCUGCAGUAGCUUCAGCAGUAGCGUGAACAAACCGCACAAAUCGAACGAUCAACGAUGGGAGGCGAUCCAGGUUGUCCGGAAGAAGGACAGCCCGUUGGAUCUUAGGCACUUCAGGUUACUGAAGAAGCUCGGCUGCGGCGACAUCGGAAGCGUUUACCUCUCGGAAUUGUGCGGCACCAACUGCUACUUUGCUAUGAAGGUUAUGGAUAAAGCUUUGCUCGCCAGUCGGAAGAAACUGCUGCGCGCGCAGACGGAGCGCGACAUUCUGCAGUUGCUCGACCACCCUUUCCUCCCGACGCUCUACACUCACUUUGAGACGGAGAAAUUCUCCUGUUUGGUAAUGGAGUUUUGCCCCGGCGGCGACUUGCAUACGCUCCGGCAGAGGCAGCCGGGGAAGCACUUUUCCGAGCAGGCAGUAAAGUUUUACGUAGCCGAGAUUCUCCUCGCGUUGGAGUAUCUCCACAUGCUCGGGAUCGUCUACCGCGACCUAAAACCCGAGAACGUUCUUGUCCGGGAAGACGGGCAUGUAAUGCUCACCGAUUUCGACCUGUCGCUCCGCUGCAGCGUCAGCCCGACGCUGAUCAAAUCCGCCACCCUUGAUUCCGACCCGUCGAGGAGAAACGCUGCGUACUGCGCCCAGCCGGCUUGCAUCGAGCCGUCAUGCAUACAGCCGUCGUGCGCAAUGCCGUCCUCGUGUUUCACUCCUCGGCUCUUCUCGAGCAAGUCGAGGAAAGACCGGAAGCUCAAAACCGAGACGGGAAAUCAAGUGAACCCGUUGCCGGAGCUCAUUGCGGAGCCUACCGAUGCUCGAUCGAUGUCGUUUGUGGGGACUCACGAAUACUUGGCUCCCGAGAUCAUUAAAGGCGAAGGGCACGGCAGCGCUGUCGACUGGUGGACGUUUGGAGUAUUUUUGUACGAGCUGCUCUUUGCGAAGACUCCGUUUAGAGGAUCGAGCAAUCGGGCCACCCUUUUCAAUGUCGUGGGUCAGCCUCUGCGUUUCCCGGAAUCGCCGAUGGUUAGCUUCGCGGCUCGUGAUCUGAUCAGAGGGUUGCUGGUGAAGGAGCCGCAGAAUCGGUUGGCGUAUAAAAGAGGAGCGACGGAGAUCAAGCAGCACCCGUUCUUCGAAGGUGUGAACUGGGCUCUGAUCCGGUGCGCCACCCCGCCGGAGGUGCCAACGCCUGUUGAGUUUGGUACAGUUGCCGGACCGGUUCUUGGAACCGGCGUUAAGGCCGCUCCGGUUCACCAGAACUCGGACGGUUACCUGGAGUUUGAUUUCUUUUAGAAUGAUUUUCAGUGAUAAGAGUUUGGUGUGAUUUGUAGUGUUUGUGUAUGGGGAGGAAUGAUGUUUUUAUGAUUUUGUUGUAUGCAUUUGGACAUUGUAAUAUUGUUCAUCAUCAAAAUAUAUAUUUUAUUUCAAAUUAA